AUUUGUAUAAACAAAUUCGUUUGGUGAAAAACACCACUGUUGGGAAAAUGCGCAUAUUUUCUUUAUGCUGAUUCUAGAAUAUUCGCAUGAAAACUUGUCGCUAAUUGGAUGGAAACCUAGCUACUGAUUAACUUGAUCAAGGAACUUGUUGGGGGUGGAUGGAGAGGAGGAGGUGAUGGAGGACUGCCUUCUUGGUUACUAAGUAACCAUAUAAACACUACCUCCAACAGAUCACAAUGCGGAAGGGCUUGAACUCAAAAGUAACCAGUGGUAAGUUAGCAAUCACCUCAGUUGCUCUUCAAGACCAUAUCACACGAAACUUACUGCUUCAGAAUUUGUCACUGUGUGACCCUGUGAAGACAAGAUGGUGCGGAAGAGCUUCCUCUGAAACACACUGCAAAAGAAACCAUGGAACUGUGAAACAGAAAGGGCCCCAGCAACACGAUGGACGAGAGGAGAAAGAGUAUGUGCUUGACCCAGCAGCUCCACCACUGACAUUAGCCCAGAAAUUGGGUUUGGUGCAGUCCCCGGCCAGGAAACUGACGGUAGAUGAAUGGAGUCAGGUCAAGUCAAGGUCUAUUCAUGAGGGGGACUCCAAGCAGCCCUGUGUGAUCUGCAGGGAGGAGUUUCGCUUACAGACUCAGGUUUUGCUCUCCUGCUCCCACGUGUUUCACAGAGCCUGUCUGCAGGCCUUUGAGAGGUUUUCAGGUAGGAAGUGCUGUCCUAUGUGCAGGAAGGAGCAGUAUGAGACCAGAGUGAUCCACGAUGGAGCUCGCCUCUUUAAAGAGAGGUGUGCCAUCAGAAUUCAAGCGUGUUGGAGAGCCUAUGUUGUUCGGAAGUGGUACAGACAUCUGAGGAAAACAGUUCCCCCAAAAGACAAACAGCUACGACAAAGAUUCUUUGAGACGAAGUUGCAGGAGUUGAAUGACAGCUUUGUCCAAUACUGCCACACAGACGUGGAGGCUUUCCUGAACGAUAUCGACCAGUCGAUGUCAUCGAGCAGAAGAGUGUUCCAUCAGUUUGAGAGAGAGCACGUCUCGGAGCCGCAGGAGGACGACUGGCAGAAAAUACAGGAAAAGGUCAUCCAGAGAGAUACACGGGACUGUCCCAUCUGUCUCACCGCUCUGUGCAGCCCCAGACUAGGGACCGAGGCAGGGAGGACACUCACCCAGCACCACAGCAACAGACGCACUGUGCUCCUGUCCUGCUCACACCUCUUCCACCAGUCCUGCCUGGAAGCCUUCGAAGCUUUCUGUGUGGAGGGCCGACCUAAAUGUCCUCUAUGCAGGUCUCCCUACCACAAAAUACUGGUCUGACCUCUGAAUUUUAUUUCAUAAUAUGAAAGAUAGUUGAAUGUAACUUCAACAUAAACACUCCCCUAUGUAUUUAUUUGGACAGUGAAGAGAAAACGUUUAAUUUGGCUCUAUACUUCAGCAUUUUGGAUCAAAUGUUUUAUUUGAGGGCAUUUUCUUACGUUUCACUGUUUAGAAAUGAAAGUACUUUGUGUCUAGUGCCCCCAUUUGAAGGUGUCAUAAGUAUUUGGAAAAUUCACUUAGUGUAUUAAAUUGUCAAAAGUUUAGUAUUUGGUCCCAUAUUUCUAGCACGCAAUGACUACAUCAAGCUUGUGACUACAAA